AUGUGUGUUAUCCAGUCACGGCUUCUUGUCCUACCCGGCCCGUCUCCCGACGAGCAGCGCCGUGCCCUAUUGGUUUCCGCUCCAUCUUUGUUCUGUUCUGCUAUUUCUUGCAGACUCGCUCGCACCGCCCUUGGUUAGAAUGUAGGAGCAGCGCGACGAGCUCGUCUCUAUCUAACGCGAGAUUCCACCAGUGGGAGGCUCACACUUGCAGCUGCUUGCCGCGGUAGGUGCUUCUGCUUAGCUGCUCGGGGUCGCCCCAAUGGCGUCCAAGGCGUCGCUCUUCCUUGCCCUCAACCUCGUGCUCUUCGUGGUCACCAACGCCUGCCCUUACUGCGGCUCGGGCAACAAUGGCGGCGGCCACGGCGGCGGCCACGGGGGCAGCGGGAGUCACGGCGGCAGCGGGAGUCAUGCCGGAGGUGGAGGCUACGGGCCGGGUGGCGGCAGUAGCGGCGGCAGCUGGGGAGGCAACAAUGGCGGUGGAGGCAACGGCGGUGGGUACGGCCCCAUCGGUGGCGGCGGUAGUGGUGGCAACAACGGCGGCGGGUACGGCCCCAUCGGCGGCGGCGGUGGCGGGAUAGGCCCUAUUGGUGGAGGAGGCGGAGGGAUCGGACCCAUCGGAGGUGGCGGUGGCGGUGGUGGUGGUGGCGGCGGCGGCGGCGGCAUCGGAGGAGGCAGCGGCGGCGGCAACGACGGCACGAGCGGGUGGUACGGGCACUGCCCGACGAACGCACUGAAGCUGGGCGUGUGCGCCAACGUCCUGGACCUAAUCAAGGCGAAGGCCGGCGUCCCCGUUGACGAGAAGUGCUGCCCGCUGCUGAACGGGCUGGUGGAGCUGGACGCCGCCGUGUGCCUGUGCACGGCCAUCAAGGCCAGCGUGCUGGGGCUCAACCUCAACAUCCCCGUCAACCUCAGCCUCGUCCUCAACUUCUGCGGCAAGGGCGUCCCCACGGGCUUCAAGUGCGCCUAAUUAAUCAUGCACCCUCAUGCGCGGGCGCACGCAGCACGCGUCCAAGUGCGCGGCAAAGCACGUGACAAAUUUGCGCGCGUGCCGACGUAGUACGUGCAUGAUGGGGCGAUAUUGGUAAUAAGCAAGCUUGUCAUCAUCGUUUAGUUGCGAUUGCAUUAUUGUUAGUUUCGUUUUUCAGCUAGAGACUAGAGUUAAUCAAGUCGUCAGUGUAGCAUGUGUAGCUGCCUUUGCAUUUAUGAGGGGUACGUGUGGUGUCCAGGUUCAAGUUCUUGGGUACUUGUACUUCUGCAUAUUUGAAUUCACAUUCAGAUUUGAUUUUAUAAAAAUGGUGCACAGCUCCUCCUUUGUCUA